CAGUGCAACCUGUACAGGAGGCAAGAAGAGAUACUUCUCCUGUAAUAUUCAGGAUUGCCCAGAAUCAUCAAUGGACUUCCGAGAAGAACAAUGUGCAGCUUUCAAUAACAUUCCUUUUGAAGGACGUUAUUAUCAUUGGGUGCCAUACACAAAAGCUCCAAAUAAAUGUGAACUGAACUGCAUGCCUCAAGGGGAUCGUUUUUAUUAUCGGCAUAAAGAGAGAGUACAGGAUGGAACACGCUGUGAUGAAGAGAAACUUGAUAUCUGUGUUGAAGGACAGUGCCUGCCAGUAGGGUGUGACAUGAUGCUGGGAUCAAGUGCAAAAGAAGAUAAAUGCCGUGAAUGUCGGGGUGAUGGAAGCAGUUGUAGAACAAUACAAGGAAUUCUAGAAAUGGAUGAUUUGAAAGUUGGUUACAAUGACAUUCUUCUCAUACCUGCUGGAGCAACUAACAUCAAAGUAGAGGAAGUAAAGGCUUCAAAUAAUUAUUUAGCUAUAAGAAAUGUGAGUAAUUAUUAUUACUUGAAUGGAAACUGGAGAAUUGAUAUUCCAAGAAGCCUAAAAAUUGCAGGAACUGUAUUUCACUAUGAAAGAAAACCAUAUGCCUUUCUAGCUCCUGAAACUAUUACAGCCCUGGGCCCUACAACUGAACCUCUUUACAUUGUGUUCCUCGUUCAAGAACCAAACCCUGGAGUUUCAUAUGAAUACAGCAUCCACAAGGGCACUCAACAGACUGAUCCAGACAGUUAUGCAUGGAUAUAUGAUGACUUCACAGAUUGUACCACUACAUGUGGAGGAGGUUUCAGAACUCGCAACGUCACCUGUGUUCGUCGCAAGGAUCUUGAAGUACAACCUAGCAACCUGUGCAAUCCUAUUUUGGAACCCAAGAGAAAUGAAUCAUGCAAUACAGACCCAUGCCCUCCUACAUGGGCAGAAGGAGAGUGGGGAGAAUGUAGCCAGUCGUGUGGAGAAGGAGGCUCCCAUACACGACAAGUACAUUGUGAACAAAUUGUAAGCAGUGGUGUGUCAUCAAUUGUGGAUGAUGAAAAGUGUGUGGAUUUAUAUGGACCCAAACCAGCCAUAACAAAAGAAUGUGGACUGCUAGAUGCAUGUCCCCUUUGGCAUAUUGGACCUUGGAAACCAUGCGACCGCCUGUGUGGUGAUGGAAAACAGAGGAGAAGAGUACGUUGCUACAGGAAAGUAGAAGGAAAAAUAGAUGUACUUGCUGAUUCUGCUUGUCCAGGGGAAAAGCCUGAGGAAGAAAAGUCAUGUACUCUUCGUCCCUGUGAAGGUGUUGAUUGGGUGUUUUCAGACUGGUCUGAGUGUGAAGGCAAGUGUGGACUCGCAUUCAAAACAAGAAAGGUUUACUGUGCUAAUGAAGCUGGAAAGAUUUAUGCUAAUGAAUUUUGCCACUCAAAGACUUUACCAGAAACCAAAAUGCCUUGUGACACUUUUAUUCCUUGUGAACAUGAGUGGUUUGCAUCUCAGUGGAGUGAGUGUUCUGCAGAAUGUGGAAUUGGCAUUAAAACACGCAAAGUGUUUUGUGGAUCUUUUGAAGAUGACAUAGUGAAAAAGGUAGAAGAUGAUAAAUGUGAUCCAUCAAAGAAAUAUGAAUCACAAACUAAUUGUACUGGAAAAGAUGAAUGCACUGGGCAAUGGCACUACGGCCCAUGGAGUUCUUGUUCUAAGAAAUGUGGAGGUGGAAGUAUGUCUCGGAAAGUUUUCUGCUUCAUAGAUAAUGAUAAAGUUGAAGAAAAAAAAUGUGAUCCUAGCUUAUUCCCCUUUUUAUCUACAUCUUGUAAUAAUCAUGCCUGUAGUGAAGAUGAGAUGGUACCAGUGGAACCUACUCAUGUGGUAGAUGAUGAUGAAUAUGAUGAAUACGAUGAAUAUGACUGUGACUUGUCUACUGUAGUUAUUGAUUCAGCAUUAGGGAAGGAUGGAGUAACCGAAUCCAGCAUUGCUGAAGGAUCAGGUGAUGAAGAGUCAAGCUCUUCACUUGCAGAUGAAAUUUCUUCCAUUGGAGCCAGUGGAAGUACAGAUAGUUGGAGUCAGCGGAAAUCUAGCUCUGUCUUGGACAGUUUAUCAUCUGUAAGCGAUAUUGACAGCUCUGAUAUUAUUUCUAAAGCUGCAUCUGACUUCAGUUUUGGCACUUCAGAUGACAUCAUGUUAAGUGAUGGAACAGGAUACUUUUCAGAUUCUCCUAGUACAUCCUUCUUCACUGCUGAAGGAAGUGGAGAUGCCACAUCUGAAGACACUACUGAUUUUAGUGACCACACAUCUCCAACAGAGCUUCCAUCUGAAGCAAGUAGUAGCUUUAGUGAAUCAGAUGAAACUCCAGAAGCUGAAACAACAACAGAAUCAGGAAUAUCAGAAUCAGCAUCUACAACAGACUCUGGCUUACUUAGUACCACAGACAGUUUAUUGUCAUCUAUUACAAGUACAGUACUUAAUACUUUUGCCAGUGCAUUUACAGAGACACCUGAAGUCUCCUCUGUAGGAAAAGCAUCUGAUGAGACUGACAGCCAUUUAUCAUCUGAUGUUACAACUCCAUCAUCUGAAAUUCCAACAACAGAAACAGCUUCUGAAAUUAGCACUGAUAGUACUUCAUCACCUGCCACAGAAGAGACAGUGAGCACACCCAGUUCUGAAAGUACAACAGAUCCAUCUAGCACAGAGAAAACUACAGAUGCAACAGUUUCUGAACUAACUACUGCAGCUCCUGAUGAAGAUGACUUAGGAGAAGUUAGACUUCCCGUUGUCACAACCAAGGCACCCACUGAAGAAGUUAGCACCAGUAUGUCUUCUUCAGCUGAAGAUAAAACAAUCACAACCACAGAAGAGUCUACUACCUCAGGCUCAGAAGAAACUACUACCCCAGAAGGAUCAGAAUCUACUACAUCAACACUAGAGUUGACAUCUGACACCAGUGAGCCCACCAGUAUUUCAACAUCAGCCUACUCAACUGAGAGCUCUUCAGUUUUUACAUCUGAACAAUCCACAGAAUCAUCAACAAUAGAGUCAACCAUGGAAGAUAGUGAAACCACAUUGACAUCAGAUGUAACUACUGAGAGCACAGACAUAAGUACAGUAUCUCCUUCAGAGUUUUCUACAGAAUCAACAACAGAAAUUGCCAAUGAUACUGAAGAAACAACAGUUACUGCUGAAGAAACAACAGUUACUGCUGAAGAAUCAACAGUUACCACUGAAGAAACAACAUCUGAAAUGUCUUCUGGUUAUAGCUCAACAAUGGAAAUAUUUGUUACUACUCCAAGUUCAAUCCAAGUAGCUAUCACAAAAGAACAGAAAGUAAAAAAAUGUAGGAGAAAAAAGAAGCCCAAGGCAAAGAAACCAACUUGUGAAACUUCAGAAUUUGGAUGCUGCCCUGAUAGCAUAUCAGCAGCUUCUGGACCAUUUAGUAAAGGUUGUGUACAAGUAGAGACAUGCAAUGAAACAAAAUAUAAAUGUUGCCCUGAUGGUGUUUCUGCUGCUACUGGUCCUAAUGGAGAAGGUUGUCCUUCCUCCCACUGCGAGGAAACAUUAUUUGGAUGUUGUCCUGAUGGUAUCAGCAUUGCUGAGGGCAAUGAUUACGAAGGCUGUGUUGAUGUACCUUUUGAUUGCCAAAAUACACAAUUUGGAUGUUGCCCAGAUAAUUUAACUCCAGCCACAGGUCCAAAUAAUGAAGGAUGUUUUGAAUGUGAAGGAUCUGGCGAAUGUCAAUUUUGCAAUGAUACAAAAUAUGGGUGCUGCCCAGAUGGAGUUAGUGCUGCUAAAGGACCUGACUUUUCUGGUUGCAAAGAAGGUACUGAAUAUUUUAUUGGAACAACAGAAGUAUCUGACUGUAAAGCAUCAGAGUAUGGUUGCUGUCCAGAUGGAAUUAAUGAAGCAACAGGACCACACUCUGAAGGCUGUGAUAUUGUUAUAAAUCAUGAGAACUGUUCAGCCUCUUAUUUUGGAUGUUGUAAAGAUGGCAUUUCUGCAGCUUUGGGUCCAAACUUGGAAGGUUGUGAAAUUUCAAUUUGCGAAUCUGAGCUAUACGGUUGUUGUGACGAUAAUAAAACACCGGCCCAUGGCCCAAACAAAGAAGGAUGCUGUCUAAAUACUCAGUAUGGAUGUUGCCCAGACAACAUCUUGUCUGCACAAGGUCCCAAUUUGGAAGGCUGUGGGUGUCAGUACACACCUUAUGGAUGCUGUCCUGACAACACAACAGCUGCACGUGGGGCUAAUUCAGAGGGCUGUGGUUGUCGAUUCACUGAACAUGGAUGUUGCCCUAAUCAAUACACUCCAGCUGCAGGACCAAAUUUUGAAGGCUGUCCAUGUCAUACACAUCAAUUUGGAUGUUGCCCUGAUGGAAUUACUAUUGCCAGAGGACCAAGAAAUUAUGGAUGUGGCUGUGAAAACACAGAAUUUGGAUGCUGUUCAGAUGGAAAAACACCCGCUACUGGUCCAGAACUUGCUGGUUGUGACUGUGCGGCCUCCAAAUAUGGUUGUUGCAUUGAUGGGACUACUAGUGCUGAAGGAGAGAAAUUUGAGGGAUGUGAAGAUGCUCCAAUAGUAGCAGCUGAUGCAUGCACUCAGCCUCGCGAGCGUGGUCCAUGUCGUGAUUUCACUGUUAAGUGGUUCUUUGACAUAGAGUAUGGAGGUUGUGCUCGCUUCUGGUAUGGAGGUUGUGGUGGUAAUGAUAAUCGUUUUAAAACACAGGAAGAGUGCAAAAACAAGUGCGUAGAACCAUCUGGAAGAGAUGCAUGUUAUUUACCCAAAAUUGAAGGCCCAUGUGAAGGAUAUUAUCCAACAUGGUAUUAUGAUACUGAAAGAAAACAUUGUGGUCAAUUCAUUUAUGGAGGCUGCCUUGGUAAUAAUAAUAAAUUUGAGACAAGAGAAGAAUGUGAGGAACUGUGUGUCAAACCAGACAUAAUAGAUGCAUGUGAGCAGCCAAAACUGGAAGGACCAUGUGAAGGAAACUUCAGUCGUUGGUAUUAUGACCAAGACACAAAGACAUGUCAGAGAUUUAUUUAUGGAGGAUGUAAAGGCAAUGCAAAUAAUUUCGUUUCAGAAUUAGCAUGUCAUCAACAAUGUCUGAAGCCAGGAAGAAGUCGAGAUUAUUGCACUCUUCCCCGUGCUCAGGGGACCUGCAUGGAGCAUUUACCUCGAUGGUUCUUUGAUGCAUCUGAACAAAGAUGCAUGCCUUUCUAUUACAGUGGGUGUGAGGGUAAUGCUAACAGGUUUGAAACUCGAGAAGCAUGUGAAAGAGAUUGUCCUCCUACUAUUGAACAAGAUAUUUGUGCACUGCCUGCUGUAAUUGGAAGUUGCCACAAUUAUACUGAACGUUGGUAUUACAAUACUUACGAUGUGCGCUGCUCUCCAUUUUAUUAUGGGGGUUGUGAUGGAAAUGAAAAUAACUUUUUGACAAUGCAAGAUUGUCAACAGCGAUGUGAAAAUAUGCCAACUCCUCCUCCUGAACAAGAAUUUAGGAGAGAAUUCUGUUUCCUACCCAAUGACCAUGGACCAUGCUCAGACUCAAAAGCUCAGUGGUAUUAUGAUAGCCAUGAUGGAGUGUGUAAACAAUUUCUUUAUGGAGGCUGCCAAGGCAAUCAAAACCGUUUUGCAUCUCUAAAUGAAUGUGAAAGGCGUUGUGGAAAUGCUCAAGAUAUUUGUCAAUUGCCAAGAGUUGUGGGUCCUUGUAAUGGUAACUACCGUCAGUGGUACUAUGAAAAAGCUACAGGAGAAUGCUUAGAAUUUGAUUAUGGAGGGUGUCAAGGAAAUGGAAAUAGAUUUGACGAUAAACGACAAUGUGAAGAAUAUUGUAGAAGAGCUCCACCUGUUGAUUUUAUUUUAUCAACACAAGCACCUGCUAUAAAUGAAGUAGAACCUACAGAUAUUUGCAGUGCUCCUGUAGAUCAAGGUCCAUGUAGAGCAGCUUUUACCAACUGGUAUUUUAAUGAAGCAAAGAGGCAAUGUGAGGCAUUUAUUUAUGGAGGUUGUGGAGGAAAUGCUAAUAGAUUUGAAUCCGAAGAGCAAUGUGAAAGACAGUGUGGAGAAUUCAAAGGCCAAGAUGUAUGCAAUAUUCCAUAUGAGGUUGGACCAUGUGAAAGCAAGUAUCAGAAGUGGCAUUUUGACCAAGAAUCCAGAAGAUGCCAAUCCUUUGAGUAUGGAGGUUGUUAUGGUAAUGGUAAUCGAUUCAGCAGCAUUGAAGAAUGUGAAUCAGUGUGUUUCCGCAGAGAGGAAAUACUGCCACCUGGAAAUGACACUGUUCAAACAAAUAAAGAUGGCGAGGUGCCAGAUCAUUGCAAAGAAGCUACUGACAGAUGCAAGCACUUACACUGUCCAUAUGGUGUUACAAGAUCUGUUGAUAGCAACAACUGUGAAGUUUGUUAUUGUUUUGAACCUUGCGAUGGUAUUGUAUGUCCAGAAGGCACAAGUUGUGGUAUAGAUCUGUACCGUGACCCAGACACUUCAGAAACAGCAUUUCGUCCUACCUGCAGAUACACAAGUAAAGAAGGACAUUGUCCAGAACAAGUAUCAGUUCCUGGUAAUUGUAGUGAUGAAUGCAAAUCUGAUGCUGAUUGUUCAGAAGAUUUCAAAUGCUGUUUUAAUGGUUGUGGAUCAUCAUGUGUAAGCCCUGCGAUAACAGUUACCCCUUCAAGGCCAGCAAAACCUCCCCCAACUGUAGGUGAACCACCAUACAUUCAAGAAACCGACUCCAUUGUGACUGCUGAAGAAGCAAAUUAUGUCACUCUCAAAUGUGAUGCAUUUGGAAAUCCACCACCAUCUGUAACGUGGUCAAAAGGUGCAGUUCAGAUUGACAGCUCUGGAAGUAGGCACAAAUUAUUAGAUGAUGGUUCAUUGCAAAUCAUUAAUCUUUUCAAACAAGAUGCUGGUACUUACACUUGUACAGCAGAUAAUGGCGUUGGAGAUCCAGCUCGAAAGGAUGUUGUUUUGGAAGUGACAGAUCCUACAAAUCAUCCUGCUGAAAUAAUUGGUGAGGAAAACAAAAUAAUUAUAACAUCUCUGGGAGUACCUACAAUUCUUUACUGUCAUGCCGUGGGUUAUCCACGACCUUCAAUUACAUGGUGGCGUGGAGACCGCAUGCUACCCCUGAGUUCUCAAGUUUAUGAACAAGGACGUGACUUUUCCUUAUCGAUACGAUCUGUGACACUAAGAAAUCUUGGACCUUUUACUUGCCAAGCUUACAAUGGUCUUGGAAGAGCUGCUUCCUGGACUGUGACAGUCAAAGCUGUUGGUCCAGUUUAUACAAUUGAUCCAUCAGACUCUGCCUAUACCAGAUAUUUGAUAUCUCCACAUGUUCCACGAACACCACAAACACCUGCACCCCACAGACCAAUUUAUCCACCUAGGCAACCCGAACCUCCUCCUGUAACAGAACCUCCAAGAGUUUACGUAGUUCCUGUUGAAGCAAAUAUAACUCUGUCAAGAACCAUUUACCCUGUUGGUAGUGAUAUAUCAAUACCAUGUGAUGUAAGUGGCUUUCCACUACCGCAAGUUCAGUGGUUUAAAGAUGAUCUUCUUUUAGAAGCUAACGAAAAGAUACAAAUAACAGCAAAUCAAAAAACACUUACUUUUCCAGAGAGUCAUCGACUCAUUAUUUCACAAGCCAGUAAGAAUGAUGCAGGGUUAUAUCGUUGUGAAGCAGCCAAUGAGUAUGGAUCAUCAUCUAGUUCUAUAUCCAUCAUAGUAGAAGGAGUAUACAUCCAUCCCAACUGUACAGAUAAUCCUUUCUUUGCCAACUGCAAGUUAAUUGUAGCUGCUAAAUAUUGUACACACAAGUACUAUGCUCGAUUCUGUUGUAAAUCUUGCACUCAAGCUGGACAACUUCCAUCAUAUGGACCUCAUCUUGAAUCUGGUUUUCACAGUAGACAGUCAAACAGGAGGAAAUGAAACUAGUCAAAUCUAAAACACUCUUGUGCAAAGAGGACUUUAAGUGUUCAUGAGUACUGCAAUUUUCAUUUAAAAAUGAAAAAAAAAGCAGAAAUCUUUUAAGUUUAUUUGCUAUGGAAACUGACUUUUGGUGAACUAUUUGUGGAAUUUUUACAUGGAAAUAUUAAAAAACUUUACAAAGAAAAUUAUUUGUAUAACAUUUUCAGAUUCUCAGAAAGUCAUGGUGAUGUAUAUAUUGAAUUUUCAAAUCGUUCUGUAUUGGAAGUAGCAUUGUACCACAUCCAACAGUUGUGAUGCAAUUAAAGAGCAAAUAAGAAAUAAUAUUUGAAAAUUAUUUUAUGAAUGUAGGUAUUGUAUGCUGUGUGAUUGAAAGAGAUGUUUGUUUUUGUCAUACCAUUGUUUCAAACCAUUAUUCAUCAGACAUUCAGUAUGUUGCAGUAAACUUAAAUGGACAUUUUUGAAAAGAGAAUGUGUGGUUUGUGUAUAUACUAAAAUGAUUGUAUAAAUGCAUAUAUGUUAUCGCAAUGAAUGCUAUUCUUGUUUCAUUAUUUUGUUUUGAGAAUAAAAUAAAUUCUCUUUUUCUAUACAACUAGCAGUUAGACAAAUAUCCUUUAUAAAGUUUUCUUUAUCAACUCUUGUAAUUAUAAAUAAAGUUGCUUAUAUUUCAUUUUUAUUUUUAAAAUCUUUUAUUUAUUCAUACAAGCAACUAAGGCAUGAAAAGAACUCCUGUGCAUUUAUUUAUUUUCUAAUGAUACAUACACUAUGCAUUUUUAUAAUCAUUAUCACUUAGACUUAAUGAUAGUUGUAUGUUGUAAAUUAUUUCAUUCCUUAAGAUAAUUAAAGACUUUCUGCGCUCAUAAAUUACACUGCCACUCUGUAAUUUGCUUUGUUACAAAUGUUGUACAUUAUGUGUACUUUGACAUGAGAGAUAUUUUGACUCAUUUACUGAAGUGAAAUUUCAGUAAGUGUGUUAUAGAAUGUAAUUGUAUGUAAAAUAAAAGAGAAUGUAUUCACAC